CCGGUCCAAAAGCCUUUCUAUUCUCUCUCUCGUUCUCUCUCUCUCUCUCUCCGUUUAUCUUUCCAAAAAGAUGGAACUUUCUUUCUAGUUUCUGUGUUUUCUUGAGUGUGCUAGCGUGCGCGCUUUGCCACUGCUUAACGUGCGCCCCCUGAGAUAUGUCGCCGGCGGGAACAGUUACACCAACGAUUAUCAGAAUCUCGAGGUACAGGACGGACAACUAGGAGAUUUAAGGAGGGGGAUUUUUAGACGGUGGAGAUUGGAUCUCCUUGGAACCCACACCCAGAAAUGGACGGCCAAAAAAGCCAAGCGAAGCUCACAAGAAACCAUUCGUCACUUCUCCGUUCAUUUCCCACCGUCCGAUCGUCCUUUCACAGCCUAACUUCUGUAGCCGAGGAGGACCUUAUCAAACCCGAGCAGAAGCAGCUACAACAGCAACAGCAAGAAUUAGAAGGGAAAAAAAGAGAAGAUAGAAGAAAGCCGCAGCGGUCUGGUUCAACUCCAAAAAGGACCGGUUCGGCCCGGUUCACACCUGUUCUCACUAUGGUUACGCUUUCUUUCUUCACUUGCUUCUCAGUCUCCUUCUUUUUCUUCUUUUAUUUGAGAAGAGAACAAAUACCCACAUCGGAGAAUCUUUUAUUAGCUUUGAUUUUCAUUGCUAUAACCCUUUUCUUUGCAAGCAAGAACAAGAACUUAAUCAACCAGAAUUUGACCAUAAUCAAGCGCUUAUGGGAAGAAAACACAGAAAGACUUGGUCUUUGCACAUCAAGAACCAAAUCGAAGCCGGUUCAAUGGUUUAUUGGCGAGUCAAAUGCUGAUAGCAACAGCAAAGUCCGGAAGGAGAAGAGGAUUACAAGAGAAGGAGUGGAGUUCUAUAGCAAUGGGGAUUUCUAUGAAGGAGAAUUUCACAAAGGGAAAUGCAAUGGCAGUGGGGUUUAUAACUACUUUGUCAAUGGGAGAUAUGAGGGUGAUUGGAUUGAUGGGAGAUAUGAUGGGUACGGGAUAGAGAGCUGGGCUAGAGGCAGUAGGUAUAGAGGGCAGUAUAGACAAGGUUUAAGGCAUGGAUAUGGAGCUUAUAAGUUUUACACUGGGGAUUCUUAUGCUGGCGAAUGGUGUAAUGGCCAGAGCCAUGGUGUUGGAGUGCAGACUUGCUCUGAUGGAAGCUGCUACGUAGGUGAAUUCAAGUGUGGCGUCAAGCAUGGACUUGGGGUUUAUCAUUUCAGAAAUGGAGAUAGGUAUGCUGGUGAAUAUUUUGGAGACAAAAUCCAUGGUUUUGGUGUUUAUCACUUCGCCAAUGGACACUGCUAUGAAGGUUCAUGGCAUGAAGGCCGGAAGCAAGGUUACGGCAUGUAUACUUUCAGAAACGGUGAUGCAAAAUGUGGUGAAUGGGAUGUUGGUAACCUUAAGACCCCUAUGCCUCUACUAACUGAUUCUGUCCUUAGAGCUGUUCAGGCUGCUAGAAAAACUGCUGAAAGUGCCAUUCGCCUUCGUCGGGUGGAUGAAGAAGUGAACAAGGCAGUUCAGGCUGCAAAUAGAGCUGCCACUGCUGCUAGAGUUGUUGCUGUGAAAGCUGUUCAAAACCAGAUGGAUGGCAAAUUUUGUGAUACAAAUGUGUAAGAGAUUUAGCUUUCUUUGGAAGUGUAAAUUUUUACUAAUUUUAUGUACUUGGGAUGACACUGGCCCGAUGAGCAAAAGCUUGUCAGAGGUUGAGAGUGUUUGGGGCUUCUUUUAUCACACUGUAACUUGUAAAUACACCAUGUAUAUCAAUGGAAGAUGAAUAGUUCAAAGA